GGCCCGGGCAGACUUCGUCCUGGCUUGGCUGGGCCUCUGCCUCUCCACAGCCUGGGCCGUGGACAGAAGCAACUUCAAGACCUGCGACCAGAGUUCCUUCUGCAAGCGACAGCGCAGCGUUCAGCCCGGCUCCUCCCCCUACCGGGCCCUCCUGGACACUCUGGAACUGGGCCCCGACGCCCUCACCGUCCACCUUGUCAACGAAGUCACCAAGGCGGUGUUGCUGUUGGAACUGCAAGGACUCCAGGGGAACAUGACGCGGAUUCGGAUCGAUGAACUGAAGCCCCUCCGGGCACGCUACCGGGUGCCCGAUGUCUUGGUGGCCGAUCCCCCCACGGCGCGGUUGUCCAUCUCUGGCCGGGAUGAGAACAGCGUGGAGCUGACUGUGGCUGAGGGGCCUUACAAGAUCAUCCUGACGGGAAGGCCCUUCCGGCUGGACCUGCUGGAGAACCGCAGCCUUGUGCUCAGUGUGAAUGCUCGGGGACUCAUGGUCUUUGAGCACCAGAGACUCCCCAGGAAUUCUUUCUCGGAUAAAGUUAGUCUCACGUUCGGUAGCAUUUGGGAUAAGAUCAAGAACCUUUUCUCUAGGGAGGGAACAAAGGAGCCGGCUGAGGGGGAUGGAACCCCAGAAGAGGAGGCUGCGGGGAAAGCAGACAAGCCAGAGGAGAACAGUGAAAAGGAUGACGAUGAGCCAGGGGCCUGGGAGGAGAUGUUCAAAACCCACUCAGACAGCAAACCUUUUGGCCCCACUUCAGUGGGUCUGGAUUUUUCUUUGCCUGGGAUGGAGCACGUGUAUGGAAUUCCAGAGCACGCGGAUAGCCUGAGACUGAAGGUCACUGAGGGUGGGGAGCCGUACCGCCUGUACAACCUCGACGUGUUCCAGUACGAGCUGUAUAACCCUAUGGCCUUGUACGGCUCGGUGCCUGUGCUCUUGGCGCACAACGUCCACCGAGACCUGGGCAUCUUCUGGCUCAAUGCGGCCGAGACUUGGGUCGACAUCUCUUCGAAUACAGCAGGAAAGACCCUGUUUGGGAAGAUGCUGGAUUACCUGCAAGGUGGCGGGGAGACCCCUCAGACCGAUGUGCGCUGGAUGUCCGAGAGCGGGAUCAUCGAUGUUUUCUUGCUCCUUGGGCCCACAGCCUCGGACGUCUUCCGCCAGUAUACCAGUCUCACAGGGACCCAGGCUCUUCCUCCACUCUUCUCCCUCGGCUACCACCAGAGCCGCUGGAAUUAUCGAGAUGAGGCUGACGUGAUUGACGUCGACCAGGGUUUUGAUAACCACGACCUUCCCUGUGAUGUCAUCUGGCUGGACAUUGAACAUGCUGAUGGCAAACGCUACUUCACCUGGGACUCGAGCCGUUUUCCCCAGCCCCUUGCCAUGCUAGGACACCUGGCUGGCAAAAGACGGAAGCUGGUGGCCAUUGUGGACCCCCACAUCAAGGUGGAUUCAGGAUACCGGGUACAUGAGGAAUUACGGUCGCUGGGAUUGUACGUCAAGACCCGAGAUGGUUCUGACUACGAGGGAUGGUGUUGGCCAGGCUCCGUUGGCUAUCCCGACUUCACAAACGUCAAGAUGAGAGACUGGUGGGCAAACAUGUUCAACUUUGACAAAUAUGAGGGUUCAGCCUCAAACCUCUACGUCUGGAACGACAUGAACGAGCCAUCAGUAUUCAACGGUCCGGAGGUCACCAUGCUCAAGGAUGCCCGACACCAUGGGGGCUGGGAGCACCGGGAUGUCCACAACAUUUACGGCCUCUAUGUGCACAUGGCCACAGCCCAGGGACUCAUCCAGCGCUCUGGAGGGGUGGAACGUCCCUUUGUGCUCUCUAGGGCCUUCUUUGCUGGCUCACAGCGUUUUGGAGCUGUCUGGACAGGGGACAACACAGCAGAGUGGGAUCAUCUGAAAAUCACCAUCCCCAUGUGCCUCAGCCUGGGGCUGGUGGGAAUCUCUUUCUGUGGGGCCGACGUGGGCGGCUUCUUCAAGAAUCCUGAUCCAGAACUGCUUCUGCGUUGGUACCAGAUGGGCGCGUACCAGCCGUUCUACAGGGCCCACUCGCACAUGGACACAGGCCGGCGAGAGCCUUGGCUGCUGCCCCCUGAGUAUUUGGGGCCUGUCCGAGACGCCUUGCGCCAGCGCUAUGCCCUGCUCCCCUUCUGGUACACCCUUUUCUAUCGUGCUCACCGGGAUGGGCAUCCUGUCAUGAGGCCCUUGUGGGUGCAGUAUCCCAAGGAUGUGACCACCUUUAGCCAAGAUGAUCAGUUCAUGCUAGGAGACUCUCUGUUGGUUCAUCCUGUGGCAGAGCCUGGGGCCCGGGGAGUCCAGGUGUACCUGCCUGGUCAAGGGGAGGUGUGGUACGAUGUGCAAAGCUACCAGAAGCAUCACGGCCCCCAGACUUUAUACCUCCCGGUCACUCUUAGCAGCAUCCCGGUGUUCCAGCGUGGGGGGACCAUCAUCCCUCGGUGGGAGCGGGUGCGGCGCUCCUCAGACUGCAUGAAGGACGACCCAAUCACUCUCUAUGUGGCAAUCAGCCCCCAGGGCACGGCCGAAGGGGAGCUUUAUUUGGAUGACGGUCACACCUUCAACUAUCAGACCCAGAACGAGUACCUGCUGAGGAAAUUCACCUUCUCGGGAAACACUCUGACCUCCAGCUCAGCUGACCCUCGAGGCCACCUGGAGACGCCCAUCUGGAUUGAGCGGGUGGUGAUCCUGGGGGCCGGGAAGCCUGCCUCGGUGCUGCUGCGGUCCGAGGGCCUGCCGGAAAGCGUGCUGACCUUCCAGCAUAGUGCGGAGACCUCGGUGCUCACCCUGCGCAAGCCCGGCGUGCGUGUGUCUGCGGACUGGAGCAUUCAUUUGCGAUAGCCCGAGGGUCGGCCCCGCCCGCGUGACCCAGAGUGACCCCUCCCUCCGCCCGGAGGUCACACCCCCUUUCGGAGCUCUGUUGGCGGCCCCCAGGAUUUGCUGGCCAUCGGCCGGGCAGGGGCUGGGACCCCCCCCCCCCCCCCCCUUCCCAGAUCCCUUCCCCCCUCGGGGUGCGGGAAGCCCCGCACACACCCACCACGGCACCUCAGCCCCCCUCCUUCCCGAGACUUCCCAUUUAAGCCUUGCUUUCAGGCUCUGGAUCCCGUGAGCCACGGUCACUAGUCCCCACCGGGACCCCUCCCCUCCCCCUCCUUUCCUCAAGUGGAGGGAAGGAGUCUCUCGGAGACUCCCCCCAGCCUUUCCUAUCCCACGGAUACACUGGGACCACCCCCCACCUGGUGGGGGGGCCGCGUGGAGAAAGAAGGCUGUGGGGACCAUUCAUCUCUCCCGCCCGUGGGGGAGGCAGCCCCCCUCCCUUAGCAGAAAGCAGCCCGCGCGGGCCCCUCCCCCCGGGUUGCGCGCCCACGCAGGAGCCCGGGGCUCGUCCCAUCCCAUCACGCCCCGCGUAUUUAUUGUUGGCCGAGGGGGCAAUGGAUCAUGUGUGCCCAGGGUUGGGGGCUCUGAGGCCUGAGGAACGGGGAAGGGGCAUCUUGGACGUUUUUUACUUCCCCACGGCCCGAGCAGGGAUAGGUUUUGAUAAACGGAAAAACAAUAAAAGAACCGAAACUCUUGGAA